AUGAAGACUGGGAAGCUUUCCCGCCCCUGGACCGCCUGUCGGUGCUCGAUCUUCUUGAUAACUUUGCACUGCCCCAACAACUCGAAAAGCUACAGAAAGGCAUCUCGGCCCAGACACAAAAGGUCAAGAAAUCGAGGGAUGCGUUCAAGUCGAAGAGCCACCAGGCGCGAGAGCGCAUGGUGGAGGAGUGGAGGCGCCGUGUGCCCACCCGCUGACGAGCAGCUUGACCGCUAUCGCAAACGGAUGCGUGUCAGCGUUGACAAGCUGGGCAAGCAAUGGGGCGACGCCAAGAUCAUUACUCUACGAGAGAAGGUAUCCUUCAUCUGUGGCGUCAUGAAUAUCUUCCUUAGCGGCUACCUCAUCGGCGGGUUCCCGGAGUGGUUCCACAUAUGGUACACCAUCCAGCUCCUCUACUUCAUGCCGAUCCGCUUCUUUACUUAUCACCGCCGGGGCAUGCAUUAUUUCUUGGCCGACCUCUGUUACUUCGUCAACUUCCUCCUCAUGCUCAGCAUCUGGGUUUUUCCUGGUUCAAAGCGACUAUUUACCGCCGCGUACUGCUUGGCCUUCGGCAAUAACGCUGUCGCUAUCAUCAUGUGGAGAAACUCUCUCGUCUUUCACAGCUUCGACAAGGUCACUUCACUCUUCAUUCAUAUCAUGCCCUGUGCCACUUUGCAUUCCAUGGUCCAUCUCUGGCCUGAGCAGCUCCAGGCCUCUCGGUACCCUGCCAUAUGGGCAAUCAAGCACUCGCCCGCCGGGUCACCCACUGCUUACGGCAACGUUUUCUCGAUGCUAGCAUGGAGCUCCGUUCCAUAUGCGGUCUGGCAGUUGUCGUACUACUUCCUCAUCACCGUUCGCCGCCGGGAGAAGAUUGCCGCCGGCCGUCCCACCUCGUUCACCUGGCUUCGGCGCUCAUACUCAAAGACAUGGAUCGGCAAGGUCGUACUAGCAUUGCCCAACGCGCUACAGGAGCCUGCCUUCAUGGGGAUACAGUACAGCUAUGCCGUGCUUACCAUGCUUCCUUGUCCCAUCUGGCUGCACAGUCGCUAUGCCUCGGCUGGUUUUCUCAUGGUUGUCUUUGCAUGGAGUGUCUACAACGGGUCCACAUAUUACAUUGAUGUCUUCGGCAAACGGUUCCAGAAGGAACUCGAGUCUUUGAAAGCCGAGGUCAGCCAGUGGCAGAACAGUCCAGAGAUUCCACUCAACUCGCCUUUGGUCACACCUCAUCCUGACGGCCCUGUGUCCGCCGAGCUGUCCACGGCUGUAGUUGAGGACAUCACCCCGCACACCAAGCCCGAGGUCAACAGUCCACCCGGCGCCAAAGCUGCGGGGUUGUCGAGUGUGGACCAGAUUCCUCUCCUCAAAGACGAUAAUCUAGCUGCCGUAUCUCGCUCCUCAGGCGUUGACGGCGGAGUCAAGGACGCUGCUCGUGCGAGGAAAUCAGGCUGA